UGAUUUUAUAUGUAUAUUAGUUUUUGUUUGUGCGUCACGAACGCGAAUAAAUGUUUUGAUUUGAUUUAUAUACCCACCUGGCAUCUGUAUUUAUUUUUCGAGUGAAGCAAGCGGGAAUUUUUAUGUUAACGUGGAUUGGAAAAGAUUUUUUUUAUACAUUUCUUCUCAUAUUUUUCUUCAAUCAUUUCCAUUCGUGAAAAAUUCCACGAUUUUGCCAUUCACCGCGGUCUUACCGCUCCAAAUUUCAGUUUCCCGCAAAUCGGGGAUUUUCUUCAAAGUUGGCAGCGCUGUCAAAAACAAGUAACGUGCAUUCCAAUUUACGCCAAAUUUUUCAUACACACAUAAACUUCAUUGUUUCUUUGAUUAUUAGUUAUUAAAACGAUCCUUAUCGAAAAAUUUAUUUAGUUGUAAUAUAAAUUAAAAUAUAAUUAUUUAACAAAGUUUUGCUUACUAUACAUACAAGCACUAAUUUAUUGAAACGAUUCCCAUAGCGACUACGGUGACAACAAAUACUGCAAUAAUAUUUAGAGCAUUAGAAAAAUGUUAACUAUACAUUACAUAACAAUGAAAGAAAACUUUUAACCGGAAUGACACAUCACAGUAGUGUAUUUAAUAACUCUUGUCUAAGAGUUCCCGUGGAUCCAGUUAGUAAAAUGCCGAAGUCGGCUUAUGAGCGGAAGGAGAAACCUACUAAACAACAGUGUUCUAUUGAUUCUUCUUCAACGUGUUCUGUCGCAGCUGCAGACUUAGAUGCAGACAAACUGAAGGAUUUUUAUCGUAGCAUUCCGGACUAUAAUGAUAUCAACCAUUUACCCCCCGAAGAGUUUUAUUCAACGUUAAAAUCUUUGAGGGACAAAAAGAAAGUUAUGCUGGGUCUAGCUAUUGAAUUUAUUGAUGAUUCCAAUGGAAAUAGUGACAAAGUUUUGGAUAAUUCAUUAGAUAAAGAUGAGGAAAGUAGGAAAUUGCAGACAACUACGACAAAGAUAAGUAAGCCUAGACCAAAUCGUGUAGCAAGGCGAAAAUUUUCUACAGGAUCAAAAGAUUCAAAUAACAUGAAAAUUAAUCGUGAAAUAUCUACUUCAGUAGCUCCUUCGAAACCUUUAUCAAAUAAUAAUUCACAAACCUGUUUAAAACGAUCCAUAAGGAAAAAUGGGACAUGUGAGAAAACUAUCCAUGAUGAUUUGAAAAUAGCACCGAUGAAAAGCAAUUUAGAAAAGACUAGAAAUGAAAGGCCGAAAAGGAAUCAUUCAGCAUGUUCCAUAUCAUGGAACGACGCCAAGUUUGAAAAUAAGAAUGAAGUAGAUCAGAAGUUUGAUGAUUUUUUUGAUGGGAAGAAGUAUGAUAGUCCUAUUAGCAAAGUAGAUUUUGACGACGGAGAUGAGUUCAAAACCCAAAGCAUGCCUUCAAGCCCUUUAAGAUCGAAACGUUCGGGAUCUCCCAUUCGACGCGGACGCAGGAAAAGUAUUACAAUCCCUAAACCAUUUAAAAUGACCGAGAGAGACGAAGAAGAGCGCAUUGUCAACGAACUUCGGUGUCUUCGCAAAUCAUUUUCCGACGAUAUGCUUGAUCAGAAGCGUGAACGAAAGAAGUUCAGAGCAAAGCCAGUCCCGAUAGAGUCCCGUAUCCCGCUUUACGACAAAAUCUUAGAGGACCAAGCUAUGAGACGAGCCAUAACAAAGAUAAAUAGUGAGGCAGAAUUAAGAGCUCAAAUGAGACCUUUUAGUUUCACAAAAAGGGAAGAAAAGGGGCUUGGUGGAAUGUGCGAACGAGCUACUCAUGUUUUACCUAAGAGUAAAAAGAAGAAAAGGUUUAGAGCUCGACCUGUGCCUAAAAACUUGUUUUCCAAUUAUUUUUACGACAAAAUGAGAGAGGAUGACUUUUUCAGAUCAAUGAAUAAGCGCAUUAGAGCUGAUGAAAUGUUGCGUGCUGCAAAUUACCCGGGCACUAUGGCGGCUCGGGACCGGAGUCGUCUCUCCACACCCGCGGCUCAUAGUGACCUGCCAAUAGAUCCUUCUCCUGGCAUACCUUCAAUAUCAUCCUCUGAUAGACAAAGAUGCAGUAGCCCUACUAAAGAUAGAAAGAAACGUGAGAAAUGUCACAAAGAUGAUUUUAUCACUACAAGCCCACAGCCUUUUAGAUUCAACACGGCUGACAGGGCAGCUAAGAAAAUGCACGAUGUUGCUAUGAAGAUUUAUUCCGAGAACAAAAGUACCGAGAGCGGUGGGAGUGCUGCUGGCAAUGGUCCCAGUGCUCGUGCAUACUCGGCCCUCGAUCUGCGAGCUUCGGCAUCAGGCAGGUCAAACCUGGCCGCGCUGCUGAGAGCAGAGGCCGUCAGGAGAAGGUUCGAGAUGGAAGCCGCGUCACGCUUGGCAGAGCAACGUCGACGCAACGAGAUGAGGCUGAGAGAUCGUCAGCUCCGAUCCAAACCUGCUUGGCAUCUUGUAAAAAACAAUCAUGAAGAGGACAUCGCAAUGAGGCUUCAAACUCGGCGCGAUGAAGAGAGGAUGAGACGAGAGGAGUUCCUUCACGAGAUGGAGUUGAUGUACGGAAGAGUUCAGCAGCAGCCGAUGCUUUUCGAGAGAUAUUACGCACCACGUUCCUUAUCAGCUCCACUAGACACUCUACAACUCUCACCAAGGAAAUCCACGAAGAAGCGUAGUUCGAGGAACAAAUCCUACCAUUACAACAGCCCAAGUCGAUCCCGCAAAGUAUCGAUUAACGACACAGCCGAGACGUACACAGGAGAUGUUGCGGAGUUCCUCAAUAGAAUCGAUAUUGAUGACAAAUACUCGGACUCGGAAAUCGUAACCGAUAGACCAUAGAUAGGGGAAAAUUGAAAUUGAAUUUUUAAAUUUAAUUUCACUUGUGCACUGUAGAUCUUGUUGAGUUUGAUUCAUUAAAAUGUUCAAUUAAUUCACAUUACAAAUUAAGUGUUUAUUCAAUAUUUUUUCAAAAAUAAAUUACCAAUUACAUGAAA